UAGAGCAGCGUCCAAGGAAAUGUAUGAUGUCUGUAUCAGGAAACAGCUUGCCGGGCUGUCCAGGGACUUCCUACACACACAUUAUUCACUUCUAUAAAUACCUCAAUGGAUUCAUUUUAACUUCACCACACACAGCAACUUCAUCAACACUUCCCAAGUUAUCUAUCCAUAUUCUCAAUAGCAGAAUGGCAGCGGCGAUGACGACGACGACGAGCUUUUCGAUGCUUAUAUUGGCUGCAGUGCUGGUUUUGGGGAUGUUGCCAUCCCAAACCGCAGCCCGGCUACUAUCCGAUGCAUCAAUGGUUGAUAGGCACGAGGCGUGGAUGGUGCAGUAUGGACGAGCCUACAAAGACGACGCAGAGAAGGCGAAAAGAUUCCAGAUAUUCAAGAACAACGUCGAGUACAUCGAAUCAUUCAAUGAGGCAGAGUCCCGGACAUACAAACUCUCCGUUAAUCAGUUCGCCGAUUUGACGAACAAGGAAUUUCAAGAAUCGCGCAACGGAUACAUAAUGUCCCGUGCAAAAUCAUCUGGAGACUCGUCGUUCAGGUAUGCUAAUGUGACUGCUCCGUCGAGCAUGGACUGGCGAAAGAAGGGAGCCGUCACCGCUGUCAAAGAUCAAGGCCAAUGCGGAUGUUGCUGGGCGUUCUCGGCGGUGGCAGCGACAGAAGGAAUCCACCAGCUGAAAACGACGAAGCUGGUUUCCUUAUCCGAGCAAGAACUCGUGGAUUGCGACACCAGCGAGGAUCAGGGCUGCAACGGCGGACUAAUGGACUACGCCUUCGAGUACAUCAUCAAAAACCAGGGCCUUACAACCGAAUCGAAUUACCCGUACGAGGGAACUGACGGCACCUGCAACACCAAGAAGGAAUCCUCCCGAGUCGCCAAGAUUACAGGCUACGAGGAUGUCCCCGCCAACAGCGAGUCGUCGUUGAUGAAAGCCGUGGCGAAACAGCCGGUAUCUGUUGCCAUUGAUGCCAGUGGAUCAGACUUCCAGUUCUAUUCGAGUGGAGUUUUCACGGGGGAGUGUGGAACCGAGCUCGACCAUGGUGUCACGGCCGUUGGGUAUGGGAAGAGCAGCGACGGGACCAAUUAUUGGCUCGUCAAGAACUCGUGGGGAACGAGCUGGGGCGAGAGCGGGUACAUUCGAAUGCAGAAGGACAUUGAUGCUGCAGAAGGGCUGUGUGGCAUUGCUAUGCAGGCUUCCUACCCGACAGCUUAGAACUCGCUGUCGACUAUGAUUUGGAUCAUCGAUCCGCUGUUUAUCUGUACAUAGCAUGUCAAUUAUUGUUCCUGAAUCGGUUCGGGUCCGAAAAAUGUACUGCUUGAUGUUCUUGUUCAUUACAGUGUAUAUAUAGGUUGUACUGAUCUACAUCCAU